AUGAACGAGAUAAUUUUCGGGGAUCCGGGCCCGGGCCGCGGGAUCCGUGAGAUUUUGGUCUCGGAAAGAAUUCAGAAAGAUGAGCAACAGGUCCAGGAAGGCUUCUGAUCCGGAAAACCCGGAAAAAAAUCCCAAGAAAAAGACCCGAAACCAUGAACGAGAUAAUUUUCGGGGAUCCGGGCCCGGGCCGCGGGAUCCGUGAGAUUUUGGUCUCGGAAAGAAUUCAGAAAGAUGAGCAACAGGUCCAGGAAGGCUUCUGAUCCGGAAAAACCCGGAAAAAAAUCCCAAGAAAAAAAGACCCGAAACCAUGAACGAGAUUUUUCGGGGAUCCGGGCCCGGGCCGCGGGAUCCGUGA